AGAGAGAGACAGCGACCAGCGAACUGACAAAGCAAAAGAAAUGCCGCAACAAGUGGAUAUGAAAAGCAGCAAGCGAAGCAGCAGCGAAAUCAACGACAACAAUAAUAAACAGCACAUUUCCAAUCAGAACGAGGCGACACAGUCGCAGCUGCGCAGCAAGCGCAAUCGCCAACUGCAGCCCCAGCAGCAUAUCUAUGAGAAUCUGCCAGCGUCGGCGUCGACGCAGCAGCUGCGCAAAUACUUUCGCCGCGAGGUGAUCUACGAAAAUCUGUGCCACGGCUGCGGCUACGGCGUCUUUGCAGCACAAGGUCGCUAUUGCCACUUCUGCCAGUGCAUUGUGAGCGGCAGCGUCGUCGCAGCGCUGCAGCAACAACAGCCCCAGCAUCAGCCGCAGCCGCAGUCGCAGUCAGCGUCGAGCGGCAGCGAAUGCAACAUUUAUGAGAACAUUUGCGAGCUCUGUCGGGGCAUCUACAGCGACAGCGAACCAUGCGCGUGUCUAAGAAGUGCCACGCCCACUGGCGCAACUGCAGCACCGAUUGAAAAGACGCCGCCAGCUGCGACGCCAGCGACUGCCAAGGCCGGCAAAUCACGCACUCUGCUCGGCUACUCCAAGUCCAGCGCAGCGACGCUGACGCGCCUCUUCGGCUCGCUGAAGCAGCUAAAUCGAUCGGGCUCCAUGCAGCGACGCCUCUUCCAAAAGGAGGCGGUGGGCGGUGGCAAAGUCGGUGGCGGCGCCGGCGGCUCAUUGGAAAUCAUUCACAACGUGGGCGAAGUGUUCCGCACGCAGGAGACGUUCGAUAUGCAGCGCAUCUGUGAGCUGAAGCGUCAGCUGCAGUGCAGUCGCAGUGAUCAGCACAUCUACGGCAGGCUGCGCAGCGACCGGGAGCCUGAACCAGAGCCGUUGCCUCAAUCGCAAUCGCAGUCGCAGUCGCCGUCGCAGUCGCAGCCGGAACCGGAGCCGGAACCAGAGCAUGAACGACAGACAGAGGGCGCAAGCGCAGCGGAGGUGACGCGCAAAAAGCCGCGCAUAUCGCGCAUGCGUCUGCUGCGUCAAGACCAGCAGCAGUUAAACUGCCAGGCAGCAGCAGCAGCAGCGCCGUCGACGUCAGCAGCUCUAUUUUUGAAUGAAAGCAUUUGCCAGUGGAUGAACGCGCUGCGACGCGAGCUGCACAGCUACGAGGAUGCCAACGGCGGCGUUGGCUGCCAGCAGCCCAAAAGCGUGCCGCCGGCCUAUGAGAGAGAGCGAGAGCGCGAACAAGUGGCUGAGCUUGUGACGCUGCGGCGCAGCGAGGCAGCGGCAGCCGCAGAGGCCGAGGCAGAGCCGGCGGCGCAGCAGCGUUUGGUGAACGAUUUUAAGCGAAAACUGUUGGCAAAGCCAUAUUUCCAAUUAGACGCCCAAUUGGGAAGCCAAUUAGCGCAAAACGGGCAGGUGAAUGACGAUGCGCAGCUAGACGAUCGACGUCGGCGUCGCUGCGGCAUCAAUGAACGGCACGAUGCGGCCUUUGUUAGUGAAUUUCUCAGCGGUUUGGCGGUCACUGAGAGCGCCAAGCCAGCGGCAGAGCUCGAAAUAAGUGUUACAACAACGCAGACAACGUGCAAUGCAGUGGCAGCGGCAGCAGCAGCGCUGCUCACUGGAUGCUUGUCGCUGCCUCAGCUGUGGCAGACGACUGCACUUGCGGCCAGCUUGCAUCGCAGCGUCAUUUUCUACUGCAGCUAUGACAAAUUGCUGAGCGCCUUUUUGCAGCGACGACAGCGACUGCGCAGCGAUAGCAUUGAGCGUUGGCUACGUCGCUAUCGCCGCUACUGUGAGAGCGACAACAACAAUAUCGCUGAGUGUGAGUCAGCGUCGAGACAACAGCAACGGCGUCGACAGCGGCGACGCCUAUUGGAGCCGCCGACAUUGGAGCUGGCAGUUGUGUUAGCGACGCCACCGAGUGACGACGUUGCUGCGGUCACAUGGCAUGUCGGCAGCAUUAGCAAUACGCUAGAAUCGUGCGGGCGAGAGAGCGUGAGCGCGAUCGUGAGCGUAAGCGUGUGUGAGAGCGAGCAAGAGACGCGAUCGGAGUGCGCCAGCAGCGACGACGGCGUCGUUGUUGGCAGAGCGCUGAUGGCGGCACCCAAGCAGAGCGCCGUGACUGAGCGCUCCAGCAGUGACGACAGUGAAAACAAUAGCAAUAAUAAUAAUAACAACAACAACAGCAGCAGCAACAGCAGUAACAAUAGCGACAGUAAUAAUAAGGAGUGUGACAAUGUUAACCAACAGCAACAACAACAACAACAGCAACAAACAACAAUAACACAGAAUUGUGUGAUAAAAGUGCGUCGACCGGCGCCUCAGGUGCCCGUGCGUAAUCCAACCACGGCGCUUACUAAGAACCAAAAUGAGAAAAGCAACAACAGCAACAACAACAAUAAUAAACAGAACGAAAACAAAAGCAGCGAAGCAAACGUUGCGAUUAAUCAAGUGAAAGAGCUGCGAGCAGAGGCAGAGAUGGAAGCAGCGGCUAAGACAGCGACAGAGCAGCAGCAGCAGCAGCAGCAGGAGGAGAAGGAGAAGGAGAAAGAGCAACAACAACAACAGCAGCAGGAGGAGGAAGAGGAAUCCAUUUAUCAGACCAUCUGGCAGUUUAAAACCGUGGAGCCAGUGCCAGUCGACAAUGAAGAAGAAGAGGAAGACUUUGAGAUCAUCGCAGCGACCGAUGCGACGGCCAGCGAUGACGAUGCAGACACUGAAUUUUAUGCGGAUGCCGAGACCGACGCAGACGUCUACGUCGACGCCGAUGAUGUUCAGGCUGAGGAAUUGGCGCUGCAAGCGGCGGCAGCGUUUGCGGCUGGCGCACGUCACAGGCUGACUAAGCAAACGACGCCGGCGCCGCUGUCGCCGCUGCCGUCGCCAACGGCGUCCAUGGAUCAAGGCGCCUGGGAGACGGAUGACGAGUUUAUGUUCGCCAAGGCUGACGAGCAGCAGCAGCGGGAGCUGCAGCAGCAGCAGCAGCAGCAGCGACAGCGGCAGCAACUGCGAGAGCAACAGAACGCUGAGACGCUUAGCGUGGGCAGCACGGUGACCAACAGCACGGCAACGCUUGGCUCCAUCAGCAGCAGGGGUAGCGCUGGCAGCAGCAGCCUCGACAGCAGCGCUGCGACUGCGCCGCAAACACUGACGCAUCCGCUGCUGCGCAACAUAUGCAUUUGCUACAGCCUCAAGGAGCCGCAGAAAUAUAACGUUAUCUUCUACGACUACGAGCGGGCGCAGCUACAUCAGCAUUUUAUGACCCGCAGGCGAUGUCCGCCUCCGCCGCCGCCGCCAGCGAAGUGGGCAGCGCAGCUGACGACGACGUCGCCGGCCAUUGGAAAUCUAAACAGCAACGAUGACAGCGGCUGCAGCUGCGAAGCGGACGCCGACGAGCUGCCCGAUCACAUACCGCAUCCACUCAAAGAGGAUUGGGCCCUGGCCUUGCUCGCUGCCUCGGCGAGCAGCAAACGCGGCGUCGCUGCCCGCGCCGGCCGCAAGCUGCGCGUACGCUCCAGCGGACGUCUGCUCAUACCCACCUCGGUGCUGGCGUGGCGCGAGCAGCUACAAGAUGUCAACUACUGUGAGGAUGAGGAGGAUAUGAUUGUGCCAGUGAGCGAUAUUCUGCGCGCCCAGCAAAUCAAGGAGGACAACGAGGUGCAGCAGACGCAGCAGUCGACCAUCCUGCAGCGCUUCAAGAGCGCCUCCAUUGCCAAUCUCGACGAUCUGCCCGGCGAGGAGGACAAGAAGUCGAUUAGGAAUCGCAUGCGUAUGAAAUUUCAUAUCAAUCGAUCGCCCAAGAGUGAGAAGAAAUCGCGUACACGUCGCAGCCAGGUGAACAGCCUCUGUCUGGAUGAGCAGUCCAAGUAUCCGCUGUUUGGGGCGCGACUGAAUCUGCUGGAGCUGAACAUGUCCGAUCAUCCGUAUGUGCCGCGCUUUGUCGUCGACGUCUGCGCCCACAUCGAGCAGCCCGAUUGCAUCAAACAGGAUGGCCUCUAUCGCGCCAGCGGCAACAAGCUGCUCGUCGACGAGCUGAAGCGCAAGCUGACCCAUGUCUAUGAUCCGCGCUUGCUGCAGACGGACGACAUCCACACGCUCACCAGCCUGCACAAGCAAUUCUUUCGCGAGCUGCCAGCUCCGCUGAUCACCCAGGAGGCGUACGAUCGUCUGGGAUCCUGCCUGACCGACGAUGCGGCGAUCGAGCUAAUGCAUUUGUCAUUCGAUGAGAUGCCCGAGCCGAAUCGCUCGACACUGCGUUUCCUAAUCAAGCAUCUGACCAACGUUGCGGCAUUCAGCAGCGACAAUCGCAUGCCUGCCUCAAAUCUGGCCAUUGUCUGGGGGCCCUGUCUGCUGGCUGCCAACAAUAUCAAUUUCAAUAUUGGCCGCAUGAACAUGUUGGCCAAGGUGCUCAUUGAGAACUACGAACGCAUCUUUCGUCCGGCAAAUGAGCGUCUUGUGUGCUAGAAAUGCAUACACACAUACACACAUACAUAAUACAUACAUAUAUAUAUUUAUAUAGAGGAGCCGUAGGCGGAGGGAGAACAACAAAGGAGGACAACAACAUCACAGAAAUUUUGUGGCCUUUGCUAGUGGUGCGAGAGAUGCCGAAAUUUAUCACAAUUUUCCAUCAUUUUUUGUAAUAAUUAUGAUUACGAUUAUUAUUAAUAUUAAUAUUAUCAUUAUGAUUAUGAUUAUGAUUAUUAUCAUUAUAAUGCUUGUCUUGUUCUUACAUUUGCCUGCAAUUGCUGGAUUUAGUCGCAUCCCAAUUUGUGCUUUAACAUUCUCCUCUCCUCUCCCCUUCUCCCCUUCCCCUAAUGUUUAUUUAUUGUUAAAAACAAAGUGUUUGAACCCCAAGCAAACAUUUCAUGUAGUCGAAUUGAGCAAACACACGCGAAAUACUUACCAAAAAGACAGUAGACUAAGUGGAACUAGUAGUACAGUGAACGCUAACUAUGGCUAAUUAUGUAUGUAACAAGAACUCACAGA